AUGGAGUUAUCCAAUCUUGUCCAUGCAAGUGCAAUCCCAUCCACCACCCUCCACAAGUCCUCCAACAACAACAAUGUUGAACCACCCCCACCCAACACCGACUGCUGCAACGGGUCCUCCAUCUACUGCGACCUCACCACCCACCGCAUCGUCUCCCUCUUCAUCACCGACGGUGGCUUCGCCCCCACCGCCCCCAUCCCAACCGCCAUCAGCAACCUCGCCGCCCUUGAGGACCUCGCCCUCCAGAACCUAACGGGCCUUUCCGGCUCCAUCCCGCCCGCCAUUGUCAACCUCAAGGACCUCAAGGACCUCAAGUUCAUCACCUUCACCGCCAUCAACCUCGCCGGGACCAUCCCUUCUUAUCUCAGCCUCCUCAAGAACCUGACGUACCUGAACCUAUCCUCCAACAAACUCACCGGGUCGAUCCCGAGCUCGGUCUUGCGGAUCCCGAAGCUCCAGUACCUCGGCCUCGACGGCAACCAGCUCACCGGGACGAUCCCCGAGUCGCUGAAGCUGCUGGACGGGAACCUACCGUACCUGGUCCCGUCGGACAACCAGCUCUCCAGCGAGGUCCCCGCUUCAUUCCGAGGGUUCAACUUCGGAUAUAUGAAUCUGGCCCGAAACAUGCUGCGGGGGGACGGGUCGGUGUUCUUCGGGGCAAACAAGACCACGGAGAAGAUCAACCUCUCGGGGAACGCGUUCGAGUUCGACCUAUCGAGGGUCGAGUUACAAGAGAGCCUGACUGGACUGGACCUGAGCCACAACAGGAUCUCCGCUGAGCUCGAGUCUUUGGACCUGAGUUACAACGCGCUGUGCGGGAAGAUUCCGGCCGGAGGGCAAAUGCAGAGCUUCGGUUACGAGUCCUACUUCCACAACCGGUGCUUGUGCGGUGCUCCUCUUGAGAGCUGCAAGUGA